GCUGUUGCGCUUUGUUCGAUCUGCGUGUGAUUCGUGGUUCCAGUUUCAGUAUUCAAUUUUGGUGAAAUCAAUGCGUAGAAAGUGAAUUGCUAGCGCUUUGACAUUACGCAAAAGCCACGCGAAAAGUGAAAAUCACCGCACAAACUGGACUUUGCCGAAAACGGGUGAAUACUAGCAUUUGCUCAGCGUGCUUUGAUUGCCUGCCAAAUCAUCAACUGGCCGAAUCGAACCGAACCGAACACGAAGCGGUUCGUGCGGCCGCCGAUGCGUCUGUUAAUCCAAACGGCAACGGCAACGGGCGGCGCUGCUGCAGCUGCUCUACAGUCCCACUCGCAGUCCCAGUACAAUUACAGUAGCAUGCGUGAGGACGAUAUCGAGCUGGCCAUUAAGGUGGUGAUCGUCGGCAAUGGAGGCGUUGGCAAGUCCUCAAUGAUCCAGCGCUAUUGCAAGGGCAUCUUCACCAAGGACUACAAGAAGACGAUUGGCGUUGAUUUUCUGGAGCGUCAGAUCGAGAUCGAUGGCGAGGACGUGCGCAUUAUGCUGUGGGACACGGCCGGCCAGGAGGAGUUCGAUUGCAUAACCAAGGCGUAUUAUCGGGGCGCUCAGGCCUCUGUGCUGGUCUUCUCGACGACAGAUCGCGCCUCCUUCGAUGCGAUCAAGGAGUGGAAACGCAAGGUGGAGAACGAGUGCAACGAGAUACCCACCGUGAUAGUGCAGAACAAGAUCGAUCUAAUCGAGCAGGCUGUGGUCAGUGCGGACGAGGUCGAAACGCUGGCCAAGAUGCUCAACUGCCGACUGAUACGCACCUCCGUCAAGGAGGACAUCAAUGUGGCCUCUGUGUUCCGCUAUCUGGCCACCAAGUGCCACCAGCUGAUGACGCAGAGCUACGACCAGGCGGCCGGCACCGACGGCAACAACAGUCAGCAGCAGUCAACGCAUCCGCCCUACAGCAGCACGCCCACCAUCAGCGCCUUCAGUCCGACCUUCACCAAGUCCAGCAGCGGCACCAUUGUCCUGCGCCCGGCCAAAAAGGGCGCCAGCUCCAGUGCGGCGCGAAAGCGUAAAAUUGUGCUCAAAAAGUGCGGCAUCUUGUGAGACGGCUAAGGGUAAGGGAGCCCCAAAUCAAGUUGUAGCCAUGUGACCAGCCAAGCGUUGGAUGCAGCCACAGCCACAGCCAGAGCCAGAGCCUCAAUCAAGUCGCAGUCAGAGCCAUUCACUAGUCGUGCACAGACUCCGCAAUGUUGGCAGUUAUUGCAUGAUAUGUGGAGUGGAGCAGGGGAAAGGGGGAGAGAUGGGAAUCGGGGGGUGUGAACAGAUAAAAAAAAACAUAAGCACACGAAUAGUUCAGUGAACAAAAACUUUGGCAUAACGAAGUUUAAAUACCCUUGUAGUCAGCAACAUAAAUAAAUUAGAAUAUUUCCGAUUUUGGUCCACUUUAACUGCCUAAACUUUGAGUUAAUUGACUAAUAUUUCAGUUAAUCCUUAUACCUGCAAAGUAUCAGCAGAUUUAAUAUAUUCUUCAAGUUUUAUUUAGUUAUUUUUCAAGUCGCUAAAAAUUGAAAUAGCUAAAAUUAGUAAAUCGUAAACCAGGAAGCUCUAUAUUAUAUCAUAAACUAUUUAAUAACUAAUAAUUCAAAAAUAUUGUCAGGAGUUAAAUAUAUUUUGGUACGUCUACUGACAGAAAGUAAAACAUACAACAACAACAACAAACAACCCUUUAAAAAAUACAAAACAAGAAUUUAUGAUUAAAUUUAUUAAGUAAACCAAAUUCUCUUCCUUUGGAAUCUGAUUUUAUAUGCAACCAAUUUUGAUCCACUUAAGAAUUUUGCAAAUUUUAAAUUUCAAACCAUGUUGCUUUACAAAAUGUUUAAGAUACGAUUAAAUUUGCUUUCCCUGCGUUACGAACAGCUUUUAGAUAUGUAUAAGACCCCUCUGCAAGGGUAUUAACAAUUACAAGCUCAAAAUGCAUGUGCAAUAAUUUAUGCAACUACUCAAAUUUUUAGUCUAAUUAGUUAAAGAUAAGCAUGUAACCGACUUUUCACUGUAUAAUGCCCACUUUUCUAUAACGGAGACUGAUGCAGCAUUCAAUAUAUAUAUAUAAUUAUUUAUCUAAAUAUAUGUGUGUGUGUGCGCCUGUAAAAUUGUAUAUGUAUCUAUAUUAAUACGAGUAUUUAUACCCUAUAUAUAGCUAUGUAUAUUUUCCAACUACAGCAAAGAUUGGCUCUUUGGCACGCUAGCACCGCCCCUUCCCCAACUUGAGAGGGGGGGCUGCGGGUUAGAGGGCGCCUUCGUGUGAAUCCUUCGCCAAUUAGCCCUGGCAAAAUGUGCAAUUAAUUGCCCAACUCAUUUAAUUAUUAACCAAGCAAGAGGCAUGUCGAAACGCAAUUAUGUCGGCUAGUGUACUAUGCAAAGUAAGGGGCUACGUUUUGUCAUUGAUCCACUUAGCAUGAGAAUAGAUCUGCGAAUCCAAGCCCAAAAUAUGCAAAUAUUAACUAUAGCUACAUUAUUUUAAC